CCAAGAAACAGAAUGGUCUUGUCCAGCAUGGGGUGCCUUUUCCUGAGAAGAUUUUUCUGGCAUCUCUUCAUCUUCCUUUUUGCUACUUCUUCACUCAGCCUAGAACUCACAGAAAAAUUAGCUGAAGAGCCAGAAAGCCACAGUGAUGCUGUUCCUCCGCUAUGGCAUUCUGCACCUGGAAAUUUAGAUGAUUACCCGGUAAACGGCAGCAACAUAUUAAUCAACCCGUGGAGUUACCCGCAGAGAUUAGGACUAUACAAAAUCCUGCUCAAAGCCACAUCUAACUUUUUCACUCCUCCUGGACCAAAUGAUACAGACAACAAUGGCCCAGGAAGAUUGCCCCUGCAGCAUGGUUUGCAAUACAUUUCGGACAAAAAUAUCCUAUGGGGACUGGCCUUACAGCAUGGCUGGCAAUACUCUACAGGCAGACUAGAAGACCCAACCAACGUCACAACAUGCGGCAAGAAAGAUGGAGAUAAUCAGUGCAUAUCAGAGCGCAGCUGGUGGGCUUGUAUGAAUUACUACCUAGCAAUUGUACCCUUUCUGGGAGCACUGGAAAGUGGCAUUUUUGGGGACUUGGCAUACAACGUAGAAAUACUACCACCAGAUGAGCAAAGAGCUGACUUCUGUCACAGUGUUGCAGAAUGCACUGCCCAGGCACCCAAAGCUAUGGCUAGCUGGAGAGAUUUCUUUAAGUAUCUCUCAUCCAGUGCACUGAGCUCUGAAGCGCCUGAAGCACAAGAUGAAGCAUUGAACUACAUGUGGAAAGCGCAUGUUCAUAGCCUGGCUUAUGGAAAGCGAAAGUUUAAAAAUCGAUUGCCAUACCUUAGUGGUCCUGAAAGCAAUUUUGGGGAGAACUGGGCGGCUGCUGUUGAUUUCAUUGCAGCCACACAUUUUCAUACAGACCAGGCUACCACAAAUCGUUUGCAGAGUGGCUUACCGCCAAGAAUGCUUUUGGAAGAAGACAAAGCCCCUUUCAUUACAGACUUCACACCUGAGCAGAAUAAAGUGCUGUUUCUACUUGGUGCUCUGAGGAGAUCCAAUGAGAAAACAGGAAACCUUUUGUUGCUGAUUUGGAAGGCGGCCAUGGCUACCGAAGGAGGAAGAGAAAUUGGCCGCAAACUUAUUGGAAGUGUGUUUUAGAGAAACUUGUCUCUGGAAACACACAGCUCAACAAAUGAAAAAAUAAUAAUCUUUAAUUAUCUGCUUAGUAGUGUUUGGUAGUUGAUUGCAUUUCUUAGCAAUUCACCAGUUUUAGGCUUAUAGGGCUUGCCAAUCAGAAGGUCGGCAGUUGGAACCCCCUGACAGGGUGAGCUCCCGCUGCUCGGUCCCAUCUCCUGCCAACCUAGCAAUUCGAAAGCACUUCAAAGUACAAGUAGAUAAAUAGGUGGGAAGGUAAACGGCGUUUCCGUGCGCUGCUCUGGUUCGCCAGAAGCAGCUUUGUCAUGCUGGCCACAUGACCGGGAAGCUGUACUCCGGCUCCCUCGGCCAAUAAAGCGAGAUGAGCGCCGCAACCCCAGAGUUGUUCGCGACUGGACCUAAUGGUCAGGGCUCCCUUUACCUUUACCUAUAUGGGAUUAAGGCUGCAACCCUAUUUAUACUUACCUGGCAUUUCAUUCUGAGUAGAGCUAUACGCAAUGCAUUGUUAAAUGCCAUAAAUAAAUAAAAUUAAGCUGAAAAUGAAACCUGCUUUGUCUUUACCAAGGAACUGCAAAACACCCCUCUCCCCCAACCUUCCUUAUGGUUUGAAAGGUCAAAAGUGCAUGAAGCAGCAAAUGUAAUAUUACAUUCAAGAGGCAUUGUCAAAGUUCAAGGAUGCAUUCCAGUCGGGCAAACACAUUUGUGUAACAAAGUGAAGAGUGAAGCCUUUGGAGAGUUACAAACUGCUUGGUUUUUUUUAUUAU